AUGACAAAAUUGAAUAGGAAGGAAACAAACCUGGCUCCCAUGAUUUCAGAGCGCCCCCAUCGUCACCCUCACCACGUCGCCGUCACACGCGCCCGCUCGAGUGAUCCGCUUGACGAGCUCGAGCGUGAAGACUUCUUCAGGCUCAAGAAGAUCCAAGGGUACAAGAAGAGAGAGAUCGAGCGCCAGAUGGCCGCCGCCAAGCUGUUCGCAGAGGAACAACUCGCCAAGGAUCUCGCGCUCAAGAGGGGCAUCUCUGUGGGGGUUGCGGCAAAUCUGCUGGGCGCUGGUGGGUAG